AUGAGUCUUCGCAUGGUGCGCGACUUCAUGCGGCUGCAGCGGUGGGAGCGGAACGUGCUGGCGCGGGAUUCACAACGGGAAAGUGCCUUCACGCGCGCAUUUCGGCGAGUGCCUUGGUCCGGCGUCGCGAUGUUCUUCUUUGUCAUGAUUUUCUUCGGCGUGGACCUGGGCGCCGGCAUCAAGCACACCGCCAAGCAGAUUAGGGAGAAGAAGGAUGAGGCAAUGCAGUCUGUCGAGCUGCAGAAGGUGCAGGCACGGCAGUGGUCAGUGGAGCAAGUGAAGAACUUCCGCGAGGGCGAAGUGCCGAAGCCAUCGUGGGCGGAGGGCGGGCCGCGUAGGGCGGCCACUGCCUCUUAG